AUGUUUAAGAUCACAACACAGGCUGUGCUGAGGGACGAUAAAAAAGAAAGCCCUGAGGUUGAAAAGAAUUGCAGAACCAUUAUACCCAUUAUACCAUUAUACCCCAUUAUACCCUACCUCAAGGCACGUGCCAUCCCGAGACCACCCUACCUCAAGGCACGUGCCAUCCCGAGACCACCCUACCUCAAGGCACGUGCCAUCCCGAGACCGCGCUACCUCAAGGCACGUGCCAUCCCGAGACCGCCCUACCUCAAGGCACGUGCCAUCCCGAGACCGCGCUACCUCAAGGCACGUGCCAUCCCGAGACCGCCCUACCUCAAGGCACGUGCCAUCCCGAGACCGCGCUACCUCAAGGCACGUGCCAUCCCGAGACCGCCCUACCUCAAGGCACGUGCCAUCCCGAGACCGCCCUACCUCAAGGCACGUGCCAUCCCGAGACCGCCCUACCUCAAGGCACGUGCCAUCCCGAGACCACCCUACCUCAAGGCACGUGCCAUCCCGAGACCGCCCUACCUCAAGGCACGUGCCAUCCCGAGACCACCCUACCUCAAGGCACGUGCCAUCCCGAGACCGCCCUACCUCAAGGCACGUGCCAUCCCGAGACCACCCUACCUCAAGGCACGUGCCAUCCCAAGUGGACCUUAA